AUGCAUGUAACGCAAGCAGGAUCACCCCCACCAACGCCGCUGUUGCCUUGUUACUCCAACUUGAGUUAUCAUGCGGCUAAGCCAAUUGUGAGUGUAUCUCAGUGUCCAUCACAGGAAGAAGAGAUUGAAAGUGCACAAUCGCUAUGUGGAUGUAGUAUUUCAUAUUGUACGUCGCAAUCCAAGUUAAGUCGAGUCGGAUGCGGGAAUGCAGUCAAGUCACUAAGGUAUCACUGCGCAAAAUGCUUCAAGUCAUUUACAAGACAUCCAGACCUCAAAAGACAUAUGAAGGUGGCUCCUUGUGGUGAACGUGUUCCAUGCACAGUUUGCACCAAGCUACUCUGCAGAAAGGAUGCAUUGAUGAGGCAUCUUUGCACAAGAGACGGCCGUAACCGUUGUUCACGCCUUCUGGAGGAGAAACAAAUAAGUAAGGAGGCGGUUGCAUCGGGGAGGGUCACAAGACAAGAUAUUGGCACUGCCAUGGAGAUAGAGGCUGCAUUUAAGAGAUUUGAAAAUAGCUAUUAUUGA